AACCGACACUGGUUCAAGCUAAACACUUUGUCUGUAUCCUCCCAGGCCCUCUCCUCUAGAUCUCCCUCCAACUACAAGGCCCGGUGUGUGUGCAAUUGCUUGCUUGCUCCCCCUUUGUUAACUUCCAUCCGCGAGUUGCACAAUGUCUUAUAAGAGAGCAAAGCCGAGGUCGGUUCUCAAAGUUGUUCAAAUCUUCAAUCCUACAGUCAUAAGAACGGAUGCUGCCAGCUUUAGGGAGCUCGUUCAGGAGCUAACUGGCAUGAAUUAUCAGCCGGCUAUAGCUAGACGAUCCGGAAAGCUGAGAUCAAGGUCCUUCCGCACCACCAAGCUCAUCCAAUCUAAUACUGCUGCUACCACUGUUAUCGAUGGCAAUCGUGAUCAAUCAGCAGCUCCAGCGUUCUCGGACGAGGCCGGGCUUGCUCCAUACAGUCCAAACUGGAGUGACAAGUCUUCUGAAGAGGAAACUAGCAGCAGCGGUGCCAACUUCGACGACAUGGACAUGGAUAUAAUCUCGGCCUUGCUGGAUUCUUCGCGGCCACUUCCAGAUUGCACCAUGCUUCCGCCCCUCAUUUACUGACAGUUUAUGGUCGAUGGGAUGGUUACCGUGUGAUCGUCCACGACAAAUUUUGUGAGCACUCCACUUGGAAGAACGACAUGUAAGAGAGAAAGAGAGAGGGAAGUGAACACUCUGUAAGAGGUGAAUGUAACGAAGUUCCAUUCACCCGGAGCAGGAACGAGUGAUAAACAGAGAGAAAGAGAGAACGCUCUGUGCGAGCUGAAUGUUAACAAAACUCUAUUCAUCCCGGAGCAAGGCAAAUAGCGUUUGCAGAUGUAAGCGAUCUAGGGUUCGAAUCGCGGUACCACUUUCCCUCCAUUUUCCCAGGAGCGCGAGAGCUUUGUUAAGUCGCAUGAUGUCAAUGGCGCCUAGCUAGGGUUCUUUCCAGAGGCCGGAGCACAGCACAGCAAAGCGAUCUGGCUGUGCGAUGGGGAUCCAGGGCCUUCUUCCGGCGCUCAAAUCCAUCACGACAUCGACGAAUGUGAAAGAGUACUCGGGCAUGAGGGUCGCUGUAGACACUUACUCGUGGCUGCACAAGGCCGCAUUUAGUUGUAGCAAGGACAUUUGCGAUGGUCGGGCGACAGCCAGCUUUCUGAACUACUGCAUGCACCGCGUGAAUCUCUUGCGACACCAUGGGAUCAAACCUUUGCUGGUUUUCGAUGGAGGCUCAUUGCCAAUGAAAGCCGAGCAAGAAGAAAAGCGCUCCAGAGCCAGGGAAGAGCAUCUAAAGCUCGCUCGUGAAUGCGAAGCAUCUGGAAAUCAUGCUGCAGCCUACGAUCACUAUCAAAAGGCAGUAGACAUUACUCCCGAAGUUGCGCACCAGCUUAUCCUGGUCCUUCGCAGAGAAAAUGUGGAAUACAUUGUCUCUCCGUAUGAAGCCGAUGCACAGAUGGCCUUUCUGGCACUGCGCGGUGUUGUCGACGCUGUAAUCACUGAAGACUCGGACCUGGUUGCGUACGGUUGUCCAAAGAUCCUUUUCAAAAUGGACAAGAAUGGUCAAGGUUUUGAGCUUCAGUAUGCUGACCUGGUGAAGAACAGGGACUUGAAUCUGACGAGUUUCACAAAGAGGAUGAUGCUGGAAAUGUGCAUCCUUAGUGGCUGCGACUACUUGCCAUCUUUGCAAGGCAUGGGAGUGAAAAGAGCUCAUAAUUUAAUCCGCAGAUUUCGAAGCUACGAGAAGGUGAUUAGACACUUGAAAUUUUCGGGCGUAAUGAUACCGAAGUCUUACGAAGAAGGCUUCAGAAAGGCAUUGCUUACUUUUUGUCAUCACCUUGUCUAUGAUCCUACGCAAGAUGAAUUGGUGCACCUUACUGAACUUCCCGCCGACUGCAGCGAAGAGGUGGAGUUUCUCGGACCAAAGCUUUCCCGAAGUCUCGUGCAGCAGAUUGUCCGAGGCGUCAUACAUCCGGAAACUCAUGCUCCACUUCAGCUUGCUGAGCCGCCACAGUCUUUAUGCGAAGAUAGAAAGCCAAUUGCAAAACAAAAAGAACAAAAGCGUCUCAACUUACCUGCGCAGAGGAAUGUGCUGACAAACUAUUUCAUUUCGAAGUCGGAGGCAUCAACACAGCAGUUCAAGGCUCCAAGAGCUUCAGACUCUCCUGAGAAAGCGGAAAUGGAAAGUGAGUCCCUUGUAGGUCGUGCGAGUUGUUUGAGCCCCAGGACACCAAAUUCGAGCCCUGACCGCCAUCAUGUUGUUCGUUUCACUUCCAACGAGGUGCAAUGUAGCUUGAAAAUAGAGGAGGAUACAAAAAUUCCUCAUGGCAACAAGAGAAUCUGCCUUGAAUAUGAGGAGGAAUCAAGCAACGACUCAGACUGUGAUAUGAGCCAAGAACAGUCUGCGCAGGUGUACUCGAUGCAGCAGCGAAGGUUUGUUGCACGGGGUAACUAUGUUGUUUCCAGGCCAUCGAACGUCAAUGACGAGAACGCAAUGCGGCAAGGAAUUAAGAAGGUUAGGAAGGCGGGAACUUCCAAGCCCUGCUCGAAGGCAAUGAGAGGUAAGAAGAGGUCUCCACCUGCGGAGGCAUCGCUUCCGAAGUUCAGCAGCAGUCUACUUGGUGUAAACAUGGAGAAAACCGCCACACUCUCUGCAAACGUCGACCAUACGCAGCGAUACUCAGCCAUUGCUCAAGAGUCGAUUGAAAAGUUUGUGCAGACGAUAUCCGCUUUUGCUCAUGGUGCUCGAGUGAGCGGGCUGCGCCGACCACCGCUGAAGAGCAACUUGACAAACAUCAACAGGGAGGAAGAUGGACUAUUUAACAAGGGCCUGGUAGCUAAUUUGUGGCAGCUAUAGGAACCGAGAGUCGAACCGAGGACCACUGGUCCUGCUAUAUAUAGAGCGACGCCUCUUUUGUAGUUUUAGGGCAGCAAUGUGCAAAGCAAUGGGAGGGUACCUGAUCAAAGGCAAGGAGAACGUUGCGUCGGUGAGGCGCGCGGCAUCGUCCAACGCCUCUCCUCUCGCGGACAACGGGCAGUCGAGGAGGUGCGCAACAAUUCCAACAACCAGGCAAGCGCAAGCUGGGGGCGGGUGUGACACGAGUGACCUGUGCGGCGAUGGCGUCCUUGACAUGGAUUGCUCGCAGCCGAGCAGCAGCAGUAGCAGCAGCUGCCACUGGAUGGACAAUGGGCCUGACCUGCUGAGAAAGCGAGGGCUCCAAGGCGGCGAGGCUGGUGGUCCAAGGGCAUGGAAGAGGAGGAGGGUUGCGACGCUGAACAAGAGGCGGGGCCACAGGGACGAAGAGGGUGGUGGUGGGAAGCGCGCAAAGACGACGGCAACAACAAGACCACCUUGGUGGAAUGCGAGCGAGCGAGACGAGGAGCGAGCCAAGAAGAGGCAAAAGGUCGUGGACAAGAAGAGGAAGCGGUGCGAGCAAGGAGGGGAGAGCAGCAUUGGCGUCAAGGCCGGCUUUGGCGAUCCAAGUGCCGCCCAAAUCCAAAUCCAAAUCCAAAUCCAGCAGCACCGUUUUGCUCAGGCGCUGCUUUUGUAGAAAUUCGUUAUCUUGUUUUUAUAAAGUGGAGUGCAUGCUUUAUUAAAUCAAA